AUGGUCCGACGACUUCUUCUCGUCGUCUUUUUGCUCGCAGUGUAGGAAUUUAACUUUUUGAAAUAUCUUCCGAUAAUUGUUAGCUUUUUUAUUGAGUUUAUAAAUUGAGUUCAUCGGGAGUUUUUCAAAUGUAAAAACUUUGGUUCUCCGAAACAUAAAACUUUCAAAAUAAACCAAAGACUGUGUUUUCUCAGUUACAUCUCUGCGUUAGGAUGGGUAUAAACAUUUUGAACACUUUUUUUUAAAUUUUUCGCUAAAAAAGCAUUUUCUUACGUGAAAAUUUUAAAACAAGGUUAAUCUAGUGUAACUUCAAUCUAAUGAACCUCUGGAAGUUAUAACUUUUUUUUUCAAGAGUUGACACUUUUUAAAUAGGAACCAUGGAAAAAUUUUGGGGUCAUUCAAGAUUUUUCGCGCCACUAAAUUCAAACAUUUUUUUCAUCUUGAAAUUUUUGAAAAUGUAUGGAAACUAAAAAGGUAAGAAGGAUCGUCCUCAAGACAAUGUUUGCAAUUGAAUUUGUCUUUUUUUCCGCACUAGGCUCUCAUGUAUGUUUGCUCUUGAGAGACGUGUCCAUUGAUUCAAUCAGGUGUCCUGUUUCAAUUGUUCUUACUUUUUUUUUCACUUUUCUUCCACUUUUAUCAGGUAAAGAUAUAGAAAUAUUAGUAAUAUAGUUUGUUAUGAAGUCAACUUCCUCGAUUUUUUGAGGCAAGUAUUUAUAUAGAUGGGAAAUCGGAUGAAAAUUGUCAGCUGUAAAUAAACGAAUAAUUUUCAACGAUAUCUGGAGUGGACCGGGAUUAAUCGCUCGAAGAAGCUUUUCAAACUUUUUUUUUGGAGACUUUGGGAAAAAAAAAUUCGUUCAUGUUGAUUUCGGGGACCGGCAUGAGAUGGUGAAGUGUACCAAGAGCUUUAAUAUACCUAAUACGGUUUGAAGCCUUUUUCGAUAACCUUUAAAAUCCGAGAACGCUUUCUCAUUCUAUUAUUCUAUCCCAGAGUCUUUUUCUGCUUUUUGUUUUCGUACCACGUGAGUAAGCUGAACGUUUUCAGCGAAUUUCAGCUUUGUUCCCAGGAAAAUUUGCAUUAAUUCUGAAGUUUCAAUCUUUUCUUGCCCCUGAGGCGAUAUCCUGCAGUUUUGUUGCUAUUCAUUGUUUUUUGUACUUUUUUGUUUUUUUAAUGAAGUAUCUUGAUCACGGAAAAGGUAACUUUUUAGGAAAAAAAAAAUUAAAAUCCCCUGGAAAAAACGAGAUGUUUAUUGUUUGGCCAGCCUUGAAAUCGAAUUUUUUUUAGUAAGUAUACUAUAUACAACGAUUCGAACUAGUUGGAAGUGGGAAAAAAUUUUUUCGACGGUUUUUUGCUGAGAGCCCGUUUUUGCUUGUGAUAUUCAUAUCUGAGUGCAGAGGAGUUAAUUCAAAAAUAUUUUCGUCCAGAAAUUCAAAUAUUUCUUAUAGGAAGAUGUUGUUUCGUAGGUCCAGAAAGAUCUAAGAUCGGAAUAUGAAUAAGGAGAAACAGUCUUAAAAUAUUUUUCAAGGCUCCUAUAGUUGCCCCUUUCCCUAGACUUUCAGGUAAACCUUUAUUGACUCAAAAAUGAGUCAUUUUAGAUACUUCUGAGCGGAAACUUUUUCACUAUAAGAGCUCCUUCACAACUGGCUCGUUUGUUUUUUUUUUCGAUUCGCCAACCUUCAGUAAAUGAAACGGAGUUUUUUUUUUCAAUUCGUCACAUUGAAAAGCCAAGACGUUGGCCGAACUCUUGAGAAGAAUUUCAGGGAUCGAGACUCAAUAAAAUUAAAAAUGAAGAAAUUUUUUACUGUUCAGAUCUGAUUGCCUCUGAAUUUACCGGGAUUGAAGUCUUGAAUAGUUAUGUUGUCCAAAACUUUGAAAGUGUGUUCUGUCUCUUUGUCAGCAUCAAAUAAAAAUUAGUAUGAAAGUUUACUAUGAAAGAAUAUAGGAGCAGAAAAUAUCUUGAACUUGUGAAAAUCCAAAUUUAUUGCAGAUGGACGGAAGCGAAGCCGCCGAAGUCGUUGAAUCGACUUCGGAGCAAAGGUUCCUACAGCGCCGCCAACUUGAACAUCGCCUCUCUGGCCAACAACGGACUUCUUCUCGCUGUUAGCUCAUUCCUAUUUGAAAUUAAUAGUGUUGCUAAUGUAGAAAAGCAAAAAGAUUCGAAGAAAUUUCAAUUUUUUUCUUAAAACCUUUGAGAGUUGCUUCUUUUUUCUUCCACAUGUUCGCCGACUCUUUUAGGUUAUUUAGAGUUUUAGAAAUCACGAAAUAUAAUUGAAAAUUUGACUUGAAUUUGACUUUAUAAGUUAGUAAUAAACUAGGUGAACUGUUUCACUAUCAAUGAGAAAUAAGGGGAAAAAAACCAAUAGAAAACUUUGCGUCGUCUGCUCGUAUUUUGACGUCUUCUUGAUAUUUUAUUUCCAUCAGUUUCAGUUUCCGGUCGUUUCACAUAACUUCAUCAAACUUCGUUCAAGUAUAAACCACCAGAAAUUUUUCCCAUCAACAAAAUACUUCGAAUUUUUACAAAAAUGCUAUUGAUAAGCGUGGCACGAAUACUUUUUUUUGUUUUUGUGGCUUUCAAAUCAUAUUUUCUCACUUAGUCACACCUUACACAUUCUGACGUUUCGAGUGGGAAAAAUAUGAAGUUUAAAGAGAAAAUGUGAAAGGAAAAUCUCAUAACAAAUAUUUUUAGAGGAGUAAAUGAACCAGAGACUUUGAUUUGAUCAAAUGACAGAACGGCUUACAAAAUUGUAUUUACAAAUAUUAUGGUUAAAUAAUACUGGUUGAACAUUCUGGUUUUCGUCUUAUGGAAUUUUUUUUACUUGAAUUAAAGAAAAUAUCUUCUUUUCUUUUCGAAUAAUUCAAACAAUAUCCUCAAAAAAUGAUCUGGCUUUAUUUCAUGAUUCUGAGGAUUUGAAUAAUCAAAAAAAGUUGUUCUGUCGAGCUCUACUUGAUGUUGUACUUUUAUGAGCUUUUUUUGCUUACUUUUAUGAACCUUUUUCAAAUGAAGUUUUUGGAUUCGGUAUGAAAUUACCCAGACAAGCCACUUGAAAAAUCUGUUUUCUGUGGAUUUUCCGACGAGAGUGCAGCCACUUGUUAAUCAAAACUCGGACUUUGUGCGUUUUCGCGAUUUUUAACCGUUGCUCUGCGCGAGUUGGUUGGCUAGAAAGAAAACUGCGAUUACAGAAGAAAAGUUUGUCGAUGGCCGAAACAUGAUACUGUUUGCCUUGUUCAUCAGCAAUUCUAGAGGAAAACCAUACUUUUAAGCUUUCCUUUCAUAAAAAAAAAUUGACAGAAAAGUUUUUCCCGAUUGUUUAGGUUUGUAGGUUUUCAUUUCUUUGAAAGUAUUGAGUUUCAAGAAGUUUCUAGGGGUCGAGUCAGGGCAAAGUAUUAGGAGGAGAAAAAAAAGAGAACAAUUGUGGUUUGAACUGUAGUAAAGUAGGAAGACACAUUUUUUUUUUCAAUAAAUGUGCCAGACUGAAUUUCGAUUAUAGGCCGCUCCAUGCUUGAGCAUUUAGCCUUUUUUUUCACCACGAGACAAAAAAAUUUUCACAAAAGCGGCUAAAAUCUCCACAAGAAAGUCUUCAGAACUUGGACUACGACAAUGGGACGAUGACGUCAUCGGAUGAACGGCUGGGAAAGCGCGACUCAGGGGAAGCCGCGAAUGAAGGCGACGACAUCGACGACUUGCUCGCCGGCGACCUGCUGCAGGACGAGGAUGACGUCACCACGACGUCUGAGCCAACCAUCGAUGACGUCACCGAGAUGUGA